AUGUCUGACCAAGAGCUGUCUGCUGCAGAAGAGAAUGGUAAAAUUGUUAGAAAGAAGAACUUUACGGAUAAAGGGGUGGCUCUGCUGCUCGACCUAGCAGAGCCACACAUCAAGCUUUUAACAUCAAAGUUGACAAACACUGUCACCAACAAACUAAAGAAGAGUGUUUGGUAUGAUAUUUCAAGAAAAAUUAAUGCCCAGGGGGUGGAACAGAGAACCUGGAGGGAAAUUAAGUGCAAAUGGCAAGGGCUGACAAGUGGAGCCAAGAAUAAGAUAGCCAAGGAAAAGAGAGAGAAGAGGAAGACCGGAGGUGGACCAGGCCCACGACCGUUAGACCCCGUGUCACAGAAGAUAGUGAGCCUUUUUGGUGACAGCCCAAGCUGA